CUUAGGUAUUCAAAAUACCGAAAUCACCCUCUAUCCACCCCGUCGGCCUUUCCCUCCUCCUCCGAAGUUCCCGCAGUUGCGAGCUACUUCUUGUGUGCUGACACCGUCGGUCUCUAUCGGAAAAUGGUGACUCUUCCGGCUCAGGGCUGCCUGAGGAACCUAUCGCUUCCCCGCCCAUGGCUCCAUAGCCUCCGCCGCACGGCCUCCGUCGCCUCUGCGUCUCUUCCCGACCCUCUUACGGAAGACCCGCCGCGGGAGGCCACUGCUUCCAGUUCAAAGCCCGCCUCCUCCUCGUACUUCCCGAAGAAGAACCAGACUUUAGAGCUGGAGUGUCUGAGCCUGGCCUUCAAAGGGAAGGGCGUCUGCAAGGUGGCCGACAGCGGGUUCGUCGUCAUGUGCGACCGCGCCCUCCCCGGGGAGCGCUUCAUUGGUCGGGUCACACGCAGGAAGGGGAAUUAUGCCGAGGUGGCCAAGGUGAAGACGAUAGAUCCUCACUGGGACAUUGUGGAAGCCCCGUGUGAGUAUGCAUCAUACUGUGGAGGUUGCAAAACGCAGAACUUGUUAUAUGAGGCUCAGCUCAGAGCUAAAGAACAGCAAGUCUACGAAUUGAUUGUUCAUGUCGGUAGAUUUUCCAAUAAGGACCUGGAGCUUCAUAAUAUCAUGAAGCCAAUUGUUCCAUGUGACGUUCAAUAUCAUUACAGGAAUAAGAUGGAGUUUUCUUUUGGUUCUCAAAGAUGGGUUCCAAAGGAAUUGUUAGGAGAGAAGCUCAAUGGCACUGAUAACUAUGCGUUGGGGCUGCAUGCUCCCGGCUUCUUUGAUAAAGUUCUAAAUGUCAAUAAUUGCUUAUUGCAAAGUGAUCCUGCAAAUAAGGUUCUUGAUACACUCCAAGAAUGCUGGAGGGAUCCCGAAUUAGGUUUGUCUCCUUAUGAUGUUCACUCCCAUGCUGGAUUUCUCAAGCAUUUAAUGCUAAGGUCAGGGAGGGAUGUUGCAACUGGCCGGCCUGAACUCAUGGUCAAUUUUGUUACCUCAUCAUACAAGCCGGAGCUGCUGAAGCCAUUAGUGGACAAAGUCUCAUCCUUUCCUGAAGUGGCAAGCAUCGUUAAUAAUGUAAAUACAUCAAUUGGUAAUACAUCAGUGGGGGAGGAGGAAUACACUUUGUAUGGGAAGCCGACUAUCACAGAGAUGCUAAGAGGGCUUUCCUUUCAGAUUUCGGCCAACUCUUUUUUCCAGACAAAUACCCGUCAGGCUGAGGUUCUGUACAAGCUAAUAGAAGAAUGCGUGGGCCUAAAAGGAGAUGGCUCUGAAAUCAUUCUUGAUCUGUUCUGUGGGACUGGUACCAUCGGAUUAACCCUUGCUAGAAGGGUAAAACAUGUGUACGGAUACGAAGUGGUUCCUCAAGCUAUCUCCGAUGCCAGCGUUAAUGCUGGGUUGAAUGGCAUCUGUAACACAACAUUCAUCCAAGGAGACCUCAAUAAAAUCGACGAGAACUUUGGGCGGGAUUUCCCAAAGCCAGAUGUUGUAAUCUCAGAUCCAAAUCGUCCGGGGAUGCAUAUGAAGUUGAUCAAAUUUCUAAUGAAGCUCAAAGCUUCACGAAUUGUCUAUGUAUCAUGCAACCCGGCGACCUGUGCACGCGACCUUGAUUAUCUUUGCCACGGAGUGGCUGAUUUGAAGAUAAAAGGAUGUUACGAACUGAAGAGCGUGCAGCCAGUGGACAUGUUCCCUCACACUCCACAUAUCGAGUGCGUAUGUCUUCUGGAGCUCCGAUAAUCCUACAUCAAACCAACUUCAAGCUGCAUCCUUGCAAAAAUGGGGUGGAACAUCUUGGUCCUGAGCCGAAAAAAACCUGCUUGUAAGAUUGGCCGGUUCUGCCAUUAAUUUUCAGAUAAAAAUUCUUGUCUGUCAGUCCAUUGCUCAAAUCUGCAACGGAUGAAUAUGAAAGGCUUCAGGUGGUGGCCAAAAGAAAGGCUUCAGUUGGCUAAUAGGACAAUGUUGUUAGACUGAGAUCGGGUAAGGGUUUCCGUGAAGCGGGAAAAGUUCAGUUCAAAAAUAUUAAAGAUUAGAAUAGAAUAGCUAAAGUUUAGAGGGAACCACUUACUUCCUGGCCUAAUAUUAUGAGACGAUGUGAUUGUGAAUGUAUUAUAUUUCGACUUAUGUUUUUCUGCUGUAUGAUAUUCAUUUUCUUUUCUGCUGAAA